AUUGACAGCACAUUAUAGUGGCGUUGCAAGCACCUAUGUGAGAGCGUUCUGGGGAUACCCCAUUUUUGGGCGUCUCGAGUUUUAUUAGUGGGCUCUACCCCCCCCCCCCCCCCCCCCCCCCCCCCCUCCCAUCGUAAAGUCGGACUACUCUUUCGGCACCGUUGCAGUGCGGCUCGGUCUCCACUACAACCUUACUGCUCAUCCACACAACACUUUAUUGCUUCUCUGCCUGGGCGACCAGCGGUGUGUUUAUGUCUUUGUUUUGCGAAAACGGUGAGUACCCGGACGAAAGGAGCGACGGAUGGGAAAGAGCUGUUGCGCAGCUGUUGGAACCUGUGUGCGGGGAACUUAGCCUACAAGCGCGGUGCUUGCAGCCUCAGUGGCAAGACCUUUUUCAUGUCCGAGCCCGAACCCUCUUCCAGUCGUUUAUGUCAUCCCCUCUUCGCCAGACAGAGGAUACCAAAAAUUUUCAGUCCAAGAUCUUCCUGUCGUACUGAUAAAGCCCGCGGCCAGCCAUCAUGUCUGUUAACGUCAACCGCAGCGUGUUGGACCAGUUCUACCGCUACAAGAUGCCCCGUAUAAUCGCCAAGGUGGAAGGCAAGGGGAAUGGGAUAAAGACUGUCAUAGUCAACAUGACCGACGUUGCCAAGUCUCUGAAUAGGCCUCCCACGUAUCCCACCAAAUUUUUUGGUUGUGAGUUGGGUGCCCAGACCCAGUUUGAUGCCAAAAACGACCGCUUCAUCGUCAAUGGGUCCCACGAGGCAAACAAGCUGCAGGACAUGCUGGACGGAUUCAUCCGGAAGUUUGUUCUGUGUCCCGAGUGUGACAAUCCUGAAACCGACCUGCACAUCAACGCCAAGAAACAAACCAUUGGGAACUCCUGCAAGGCCUGCGGCUACAGGGGCAUGCUGGACACACGACACAAGCUCUGCACGUUCAUCCUCAGGAAUCCACCAGAGGACACUGGGUCUGCCAAGAAGAAGGAGAAGAAGAGCAAGAAGAAGGACAAGGAGAACAGCUCCAGUGAUGGCGAAGCCGCGAACCACAAUGACAUAGACGCCCCUGAUGCUGUGGACCGAGACGACGAUGACGAGGACUGGGCAGAGGAGACGACUGAGGAGGCCCAGCAGCGCAGGAUGGAGGAGAUCAGCACGCACGCUAAGAACCUGACCCUCAGCGAGGACCUGGAGAAGCCCUUGGAGGAGAGGGUCAACCUCUUCUACAACUUUGUCAAGCAAAAGAAGGAGGACGGUGCCGUCGACUUCUCGGACAAAGAGAUCCUGGCCGAGGCGGAGCGCCUGGAUGUGAAGGACACGGCCCCGCUGAUCCUGACUGAGCUUUUGAUGGACGAGAACAUCCGCGACCAGAUCAAGAAGUACAAACGUCACUUCCUCCGAUUUACCCACAACAACAAGAAGGCCCAGAAGUACCUCCUGGGGGGCUUUGAGUGUCUGGUGAAGCUGCACCAGUCCCAGCUUCUGCCCCGCGUGCCCCUUGUCCUCAAAGACCUGUACGACGCCGACCUGCUGGAGGAGGACGUCAUCCUGGCCUGGGCUGAGAAGGUGUCCAAGAAAUACGUGUCCAAGGAGCUGGCCAAAGAGAUCCACGCCAAGGCAGCGCCAUUCGUCAAGUGGCUGAAGGAAGCGGAAGAGGAGAGCGAGGGCAGCGGGGUGGACGAGGAGGAAGAUGAAGAUAAUGUGGAGGUGGUCUACUCAGCCUCUGCCCGCGAGCUGAAAGUGGAGACUGUGAAACCAGAGAAGCCUGCAGAGGAAGAGGACGACUUUGACAUCGACGCCAUCUAAAAACAAAACUUAACAAGCCUCCACCGACAUGAGUUUUGCAAGCACUCUGAGGAUUAUGAUGAAAAUAAUAACAGCAUGCCUUUGGUCCUGGUCGACCCUCACCCCACCUGCUGCUUUGGCUACCUUCCAGCUUUGCGCGAUGAAUCUAUUUACUUUGCGCUAGUUGAAGUGAUGCGAUGUUGUGUUUGUAUAUGGAUGAAGAGUUAUUUUUUGGUUAAUACUAGAGACUAAACACAAAUGCUGCAUUUGUUUUCUCCCUGAAAUAUUUUCCUCUUCAAUCAUUAAAUAAGUUUUGCCUUA